GCCCGCAGCGCCGCGCCGGAGGUCCGCCCGCUGAGGCGCGGCCGGUGCGCCGGCAGCCAGUGCGCUCACCUGCCAGCCUGCGCGCCAUGGGGCAGCCCGGGAACCGCAGCGUCUUUCUGCUGGCGCCCAACGGAAGCCACGCGCCGGACCAGGACGGCUCGCAGGAACGAGACGAGGCGUGGGUGGUGGGCAUGGGCAUCGUCAUGUCGCUCAUCGUCCUGGCCAUCGUGUUUGGAAACGUGCUGGUCAUCACAGCCAUCGCCAAAUUCGAGCGUCUGCAGACGGUCACCAACUACUUCAUCACCUCCCUGGCCUGUGCUGACCUGGUCAUGGGCCUGGCGGUGGUGCCCUUUGGGGCCAGCCACAUCCUCAUGAAAAUGUGGACCUUUGGCAACUUCUGGUGUGAGUUUUGGACUUCUAUUGACGUGCUGUGCGUCACGGCCAGCAUUGAGACCCUGUGCGUGAUCGCAGUGGAUCGCUACGUUGCUAUCACAUCGCCCUUCAAGUACCAGAGCCUGCUGACCAAGAAUAAGGCCCGGCUGGUCAUUUUGAUGGUGUGGAUUGUGUCGGGUCUUACCUCCUUCUUGCCCAUCCAGAUGCACUGGUACCGGGCCACCCACCAGGAAGCCAUCAACUGCUAUGCCAAGGAGACCUGCUGUGACUUCUUCACGAACCAAGCUUAUGCCAUUGCCUCCUCCAUUGUGUCCUUCUACUUACCCCUGGUGGUCAUGGUCUUCGUCUACUCCAGGGUCUUCCAGGUGGCCCAAAGGCAGCUCCAGAAGAUCGACAGAUCGGAGGGCCGCUUCCAUGCCCAAAACCUCAGCCAAGUGGAGCAGGAUGGGCGGAGUGGGCACGGACACCGCAGGGCCUCCAAGUUCUGCUUGAAGGAACACAAAGCCCUCAAAACUUUGGGCAUCAUCAUGGGCACUUUCACCCUGUGCUGGCUGCCGUUCUUCAUCGUCAAUAUAGUGCAUGUGAUCCAGGCUAACCUCAUCCCCAAGGAAGUUUACAUCCUCCUCAACUGGGUGGGCUAUGUCAACUCUGCUUUCAAUCCCCUUAUCUACUGCCGGAGCCCAGACUUCAGGAUUGCCUUCCAGGAGCUUCUGUGCCUGCGCAGGUCUUCUCUGAAGGCCUAUGGGAAUGGCUACUCCAACAACAGUAACAGCAGAACGGACUAUAUAGGGGAACAGAGCGGAGGUCCCCUGGGGCAGGAGAAAGACAGCGACGUGCUGUGUGAGGACCCCCCAGGCACAGAAGACCUUGUGAACCGUCAAGGUACUGUGCCUAACGAUAGCAUUGAUUCACAAGGGAGGAAUGAGAGUACAAAGGACUCCCUGCUGUAAUGCGGGUUUUUCUACUUUUUUUCAGCCCCCUCCCCAACAAAACACUAAACAGACUAUUUAACUUGAGUGUAAUAAACUUAGAAAAAAAUUGUAUAGAGAUGUGCAGGAGGAAGGACAGCCUUCUGCUUUUUUUUAUUUUUUUAAGCUGUAAAAAGAAAAAACAUAUUUGAGCGAUUGUUUCUUGUACCGUUCAGUUCCUUUUUGCAUGGAACAUUUAAGUUUGUGUCUGAAGGGCUUCAGUCCCAGAGGACCUGGGGCGGCUCUGUUUUGAUGACUUUUCUGUGGAUCUACCUCAUUGGCCAAGUAUUAGGGGUAAUAUAUAUUGCUGCUAGUGAUUUCUAUCGAAGGAGUCCUUCCUUCCUGCACCCUUGCACUGGAGGACCUUGAGUAUCUCGGACCUUUCAGCUGUGAACAUGGACUCUCCCCCCCCACCCGCUCCUCUUAUUUGCUCAAACGGUGUCGUAGGCAGGGAUUUGAGGGGCAGCUUCGGUUGUUUUCCUGAGCAAAGUCUAAAGUUUACAGUAAAUAAAUUGUUUGACCAUGA